GAGCUGUCCUCACAGCCGCUCAGAGAGGGUCUGUGAAUGGGAAGCAAGAGAAAAGCUUCUAACUGAUUAACUAAUUAAACCUAGAAAACAACAGCCAUUCUCAACAGAGGAUUAGCUCUCUACGCACGCUGUAAGUGAUCUUAAAAUAACCCGGAUUACAGACGAUGGGAUUCACAUUUGUUCUGGUCUUGCCAGCGCUGGUAGUGAUGGUCGCAGGCGUCUAUUACCUGUACAACGAAGUAAUCAGGUUAAUGUCAAAGUCUGUGGUGCGGAACAAAGUGGUUGUGAUAACAGAUGCCGUGUCAGGAGUGGGAACCGAGUGCGCCAAGCUCUUUCAUAAGGGAGGGGCCAGGCUGAUCCUGUGCGGGAAAAGCUGGGAUAAGUUAGAGUCUCUGUCAGAUGACCUCAGCAGUGCGUCAGACCCCAGUGUGACAUUCACACCAAAGCUGGUGCUGCUGGAUUUCAGUGACAUGGACAGCAUGCCAGAUGUGGUCACCGAGGUGCUGGAGUGCUAUGGCUGCGUGGAUGUGCUCAUCUGCAACAGCAGCCUGAAAAUCAAGGCACCCGUGCAGACCCUGUCUCUGGAGAUGGACAAAACCAUCAUGGACACAAACUACUUUGGUCCUAUCACUUUAGCUAAAGGUGUCCUGCAGUCUAUGAUCUCAAGGAGGACCGGUCAAUUUUUACUAGUGAACAGCAUUCAGGGAAAACUGGCUGUACCCUUUCGCACUGCUUACGCUGCCUCCAAACAUGCUGUCCAGGCCUUCUUUGACUGCCUGCGGGCGGAAGUGGAGGAGUAUGGGAUCUCGGUCAGCACUAUCAGCCACACCUUCAUUACUGCCCAGGACAGCACGCCAUUACCCAAGACUAAAAAGACCCUCUGUUCACUCUUUUCCAGGCAUGGGGUUUACCCGGCAGAACUGGCUGAGGAGAUUCUGAGGACUGUCAGCAGGAAGAAGAAGGAAGUGCUUAUGGCUCACCCCCUCCCCAUGGCUGCUCUCUACAUCAGAUCCUUCUUCCCGAGCCUCUUCUUUGCGGUGGUGGCAGCUGGGGUUAAGGAUGCGGCCAUUGCAGAGCAGUUGCAAUAGAAAGAACAGCAAAAUAGAAGAAAAUCAAAGAGGCUGCUCUGGAGUCAAUGUGACUUUGUACUGUUAUGUAUGUACACAAAGGCUAACACUUCAUUAACAACCUGUGACAACUGAAAAAAAGUUUUAUGUGAAAGCCAGAUUAAUGAUAUAGUGUACUGACAAUGGUAUGUUUUUAAUUGCUAUGUACAACCUAUGACUUGAUACAAUAGUUUUAAUUACUAUGAACAUUAUGUGAAUUGCUAAGAUAUUCAAGUUGGACCCUUGUUCCAUUGUUUGUAAUUGUGAGCAAGUGAAAUAAUACAUUACAGAUUCAUGGUCAAUUAUUUAAUGAAUGUGGUGCUAAUAAAAACAUACAUUCUGUAA